CCACAUCAUUAUGACGUGGUCCACAACAUGACUGAUUAUUCCUUUGUUUUUCUGAUUCCACGCUUUAGGUCCGACGAAUGGGGCGACGUGGCUUCUUGCUGCUGCUCUUGACGCUGCUGAGCUGCGUGCAGGCUACGCAGAACGGACCCAUGCCACCACCGGCACGGACACAUUGCCGCGUGUUCAUAGUGGCGGCCUCAACGCACACGCGCGUGCUGGUCCUGCAGAACGCUUACGAGCAGGACGGUAUCAACGUCUACGACCAGUUUCCUGCGUUAUCAUCCGUCCUGCAGGAUACAGACACACAGGACGAGAUAAAACGCGCGGACGAGGCGUAUCAGAUCCUACAACCGGCGUUUGACCAGGCCGUCGAGUGGCUCAAGGAUCGGGUGGAUCCAGCGCUAUGCUUCGCACAUUUCGUCGUAGUUGAAUCAGAGAUUUCGUCUGGUUCCAAGACUCAGGACGCCGCGUCACUCGUGACCAGGCGCCUUGACCAUUUACGGACUCGUGCCAGACGUGACAGCCACUUCCCCUUUGCGCUCAAUGCGGAGCAUCAAGGUAAUAAGGAGAGUUUCGUGUCAAACGGAGACUUGCGAGUCGUGCCGGCCACUUGGCGUCGCUAUUUCCAUAUAGUGGGGACCAAUUAUUUCUCUGGAAAAGUGGCACCGUCGCUCAGUCCUGGGCAAGUUGAAGUCUUCGGACUGCUGCACGUGGACGCUGGAGGAAAAGCUGGCAAAUUGAUAUCUGAGUCGGAUUCAGAUGCUGCUGAAAUGGUAUUCGACAUUCGAGAGCGAUGGAGACGCAGCAAACGACAGCGACAGGUGAAUGUGGCACUUAACAUUAGUGAUUUCUACGGACGUGAAUAUUCAGGCUUUGGACGGCGUGCAGUGCAGCAGGCUGUGAUCCAACUGAAGCAGGAGAAGGACAAGAAGGCCGCAUCGAGCGCUCUACAACAUCCAUGCUUUUUUAGAGAACAUUAUUCCGUUGUUGAGGGCGUAAAUAUGACGUUGCAAGGCACGGGAAACGCCGACAAAUGCAUGGAGCUUCUCCGGUCACAUGUGAGGUCUAGUAACGCGAAGUGCCCGCCAGAAAACUUUUGUUUUUUGGGUAGCGCCCCGCAGCCACAGGGUGUUGGAACUUUCUACGCGUCAGGAGUACUGAGAGAAGCGGUGUUCAGUGCAAGUCGAGUGCUGGAAUACGCAAGUGACAAGCUCGAGGAAAAGGAAGUGGACCAACUACAACUCCCAAGCCCGACUCUUCUGGCACUGCGGAACGCUGCAACGAGUUUGUGUACACUUCCGUACAAGGAGACAGUCGCUGGCGCUGCGCUGUCACAUCCCGUGACAAACGAUACCACAGCACUCGAUGCGUUAUGCUUCGACUUGUGCUACACAAUUGUGCUGCUCGAGCAGAUGGGCGUUCAGGACGCCGAUGAACGUAUUCAUUUUGUGGAUCGCUUUGAGAAACAGCCAGUACUAUCAGGACAUGGAUCGAUAGCGAAUGGAGACCAUGACGGACCAUCUGAGCUGGUGGCUUGGCUCACAGGCGCAUUCUUGUACUUGGAGGCGCUUCAACGCAAGGUCACCUUUUCUAUAGAGUCGGAAUUGUUGGCGGAACAGCUCAGCGCAGGACUACCUCUCGGCUGGAAUAUGAGUCUGGUGGUCUUCGUGGCAGCAUGCGUCUACUUGUAUCUUACGGCUGGUAGCGCAGUUGUCAAGGGGAGAGCUGGUCGACGUUCCGGCAGCUACCACCGCGUUGUGAAUGGGGGAGCCAAGGCAAAGUAUAAGGACACGACGCAGUCCAUAUUGUUUGUUGACGACGCUCGAGAGUAGUGUGCUUCCAGCUUAUCAAGCGCUUGCACUUUCGCAAUAGCCGAAGUACGGAUCGAAUUGCCCUGGCGCUUUGUAGCAGUAAUAUAUUGAACGCUGACCUCAAAUA